UGCCAGUCAAUCAAUCAAACUAUGUACGUAUGUAUGUAUGUAUCUAUCUAUCUGUCAAUCAAUCAAUCAAACUAUGUAUGUAUGUAUGUAUGUAUCUGUCAGUCAGUCAGUCAGUCAAUCAAUCAAUCAAACUAUGUAUGUAUGUAUGUAUGUAUGUAUCUGUCAGUCAGUCAGUCAGUCAGUCAAUCAAUCAAUCAAACUAUGUAUGUAUGUAUCUAUCUAUCUAUCUAUCUACCUACCUACCUGUCUAUCUAUCUAUCUAUCUAUCUAUCUAUUUAUUUGAUCAGGAAGCAUGAUCCGGUGCCAGAGCGUGCGUUAGCCGUUUGCAUGAAGCACUUUUUCCAACACGGGAAGUUGCAUCACGUGUUCAGUGUUUACGGGAAACAUGCCAUUCGAAACUGCUCAGCUCAUCCGGCCACAUUGGAAGUUAGUACUUUUCCAAGACCCGCCCCUCCCGCUUUUGGCUCCUCCUACUUUCGCUUUCGGGCCAGUGGUGAGCAAUGUUUUGAGUUCAAACCCACAGCACGUGCUGAGAUGCAGUAUAAAUUCAGACACACACACCCCUGUGUUUGCAAACGGACUAUCUGUAAUCGCUAGUGGAAGUACAGCACUUCUCAGAGUGUACUUAUUCUGGUUAAGAAGAAGAAAACAAAGAUGGCACGUAAGGCCAAAGUCACUGGUCGCUCGUGCACGUGCGGAAACAGCUGCCUGGGUCCGCUCACCUUUCACCCCGAGGUCAAGGGGCAGCACGUGAAGCUGAGUGCAGGCGACCGGCGCGCGACCAGGAACCCGCUGUCGUUCCGUCACGGUGUGACUUUCAGCAGCCGGCCCCUGCGAGUCGGGGAGAAAGUGCGCAUGCGCGUGGAGCGCUCUGUCUCGGCGUGGCACGGCGCGCUCCGGCUCGGCUUCACCAGCGUGCCGCCCGGCUCCGGCCCCAUGUGUUCUCUGGCCAUUCCCGACCUCACCGACCGACCGGGAUUCUGGGCGACCCCCGUACCGGAGAAUCACAGCUCCCCGCGCACCGAGCUGACCUUCUGGGUGACGCGCGCCGGAUACCUGCGCAUCCAGACGCAGGACGGGUUUGAGCACGAAGAGAAAAUGUCGCAGAUGGACACGAGCAAGCUGAUCUGGGCCAUGAUCGACGUGUACGGCCAGACAAGCGCUGUCCUCUUACUGGGCUCGGAGAAGAAGACGUUAUUCUGCACGCGCCGCUCCUGCUCUGCUCCCAUAAUCAGUGCUACAGAGGAGAACUGUGGCUAUGACCAGAUCCCUGAAUGGAUCCUGGAGAGGAUGAUGAACAGAAGGAUUCUAGACUUGGAUCCUCCAUUCUGUCAGAGCAAAGCAGAUAAUGAAGAGCUCUGUGUAGUGUGCUACUCUGAGACUGUCAGCGUGUGCCUGGAUUGCGGUCACUCCUGUUUGUGCCCUCAGUGUGCCGUCAGGGUCAUCAGAGACUUUGGGACGUGCCCUUUGUGUCGGCAGUGCAUUCGCAACUAACAUGGAAAAAGAGAGAGAGAGAGAGAGAGAGAGAUAAUGUAUAGAAUAAUGUAUAAUGUAUAAAUAUUGAAAACUACUGUAUUAUAUUCUGAUGUAAAUAUUUUGUACAGAGUGUGUAAAUAAAUAAAGCUUUUAUAUAUUAAUAUAUUUAUUAAAUAUAAAGGUGUAAGUGUGAUUUGUUUGAUCUGGACCCCACCUUCUAUUACAUGUUACUGUGCAACACUAGAGGGCAUAAGUGCACUCAGUAGUGCGCUGUAAUGGUGUCAUGGGUUUUCACACACUCUCCUGCUGGAAGAUUAUAUGACUUAUUCGACAACUCUAGACCUGUAGAUGUAGACAUAAACUCUAAACUCUGCCAUUUAGGGGAAUCCAUGUCAUUGUAUCUGUGCUCUAAAGAUCAUGUUUUUAGUUUUCUUUUAGGCUGUAAGGAAACUCCAAGGUGAGUCUACAUGACAUCACUGUGUUUUCCCCAAACAUUUUAGGCAACAUUAAGACACUUACCUGUUCCUGUACAGGCACGAAAGUAAGUUCUGAUGGAAGACUGGGUUGUAUGGCUUUUUUAUUUAUUU